UUUCCAGGCUGACUAUGUCCCUGUGAAAAAACGCCAUUACAAGGCGGUGCGUGCGUUAUUUGGCACAGCGCGCAACCACUGUGCCAGCGUCAAGGCGCACAUGGUGCGUGCUGGAAGCAGACCGCUGUAGGAAGGAAGACGGACACGCCACGCAUCCACAUCAACGAGAAGGGUGGCGUUGUGGCAUCGCCUGCAGGAAUCCAGUUGUAAAGUCCACACACGGGGCAAACAUGCGCUGAGGGGAAACUGGAGUUCUGUUAGUAACCAAAUUAUACCUUACGGCACUGAGACAGCUAAAGAAAAACGAGGAGAAGAAAGCACGCUACGGAUAAGUUGUGAUUUCAGAGGAAAUCCGACUGGAGAUGAAUACCAACGAUGCCAAGGAGUAUCUCGCACGGCGGGAGAUACCUCAACUAUUUGAGAGCCUGCUGACAGGUUUGAUGUACUACCGGCCUGAUGACCCCAUCGACUACUUGGAGGGCUGUCUGAAGAAAGCCAGGGACCUCGGAGGACCAGACAAGGUGCGGUGGGAUACCUUUGUGGGCCAGGAGAAGAAGUCCCUUCCCCCUCUCAACGGCGGCCAAUCACGCAGGUCCCUCUUCAGAAAUGUGUUGCCCGACAGUCCCAAUUUUCCCUACAGACGCUAUGACCGCCUCCCUCCCAUCAGCCAGUUUUCUAUUGAGAGUGACUCGGACCUGUCAGAGACCGCGGAACUCAUCGAGGAGUAUGAGGUGUUUGAUCCAUCCAGACCGCGACCCAAAGUCAUCCUCGUCAUCGGUGGCCCUGGCAGCGGCAAAGGAACACAGAGCCUGAAGAUUGCUGAGCGCUACGGCUUCCAGUACGUGUCUGUAGGCGAGCUGCUGAGAAAGAAGAUGAUCCACAAUGCCACCAGCAACAGAAAGUGGAGCCUGAUCGCUAAAAUCAUCACCAACGGAGAGCUGGCACCACAGGAGACAACAAUAACUGAGAUCAAGCAGAAGAUCAUGAAGAUCCCAGACGCUAAUGGUAUUGUCAUAGAUGGGUUCCCUCGAGACGUCGGACAGGCCUUGUCCUUUGAAGACCAGAUCUGCACUCCAGACCUGGUGGUGUUCCUGGCCUGCACUAACCACCGUUUGAAGGAGAGGCUGCAGAAACGAGCCGAGCAGCAGGGACGACCAGACGACAACCCUAAGGCCAUCGACCGCCGUCUGACCAACUUCAAACAAAACACCAUUCCUCUGGUCAAAUACUUCCAGGAGAUGGGCCUUAUUGUUACGUUGGAUGCUGACCGGGACGAGGAGGAGGUCUUCUGUGACAUCAGCAUGACUUUGGACAGCAAGCUGUUUCCCUCCAAAGAGCCGGCAGCCGGUCCAAGUGAGCUGGAUCUCAGUCUACUGGGUGAAACCAGCAGCCUGGCAGAUGUCGCCCGCAAGUACGAUGAGGUUGAUGAAGAGGAAGAUAUUGGGUAUGCUGAAGGAACUUCAGAAAGUUAUUGUACAGAACAGAAGAAACCAAAGGUCAUCUUCAUGAUAGGUGGUCCAGGCUCAGGGAAAUCUCUCCAGUGUGAGAGAAUGGAGGAGAGGUGCGGCCUGCGUCGCAUCGCCCUGGGUGACCUGUUGUGUAACGAGCUGCAAUCUCACGGUGACAGAGGGCGUCACCUGCGGGACCUCCUAGAGAGAGGAGAGCUGCUGCCCGAGGGAACACUGCUGGAGCUGCUGUGUGAUGCAGUGGCGGCGUCGGUUCGGCAGGGGAGAGGUCUCGUAAUCUGCGGUUUCCCUAGAGACGUAAAACGGGCUGAGGAGUACGAGGCCAAGAUGGGGGAGCCCAGUGCAGUGCUCCUGUUAAGCUGCUCAGCCGACACCAUGUCCAGUCGUCUGCAGUGUCGUGGAAGAUCCACCUCCGCCCUCCACCCUGCCUCAGAAAGAGACAACGUCAUACACAGGAGGGCUGAGAGCUUCUGCAGUGACAGCCAGGCGGUGGCAGCUUAUUAUGAACGCAAGAAGCUUUUGCACAUGAUUGACGCUGAGAGGUCGCCAGAUGAAGUGUUCACCCAGAUCUGCCAGGCAAUGGAGACCUUCUAAUUCCUCCCCCUCGCUGGAGACUCAUCCACACCCACAUAACUUCAUACUUGCACCAGUUAUACGCUCAUUGAACUGUGGUAUGCAUCUCCCCAAACACUCAACCAAUCAGUGAAACCUCUUUCUGCUUUUGACACUGACAAAGCACCUGGUUGUCACAUUCUGCUUCACCCACUUGCAUUGUCUCUUACAUUGACCUCAAUAUAUGCUGCCAACUGCCAGACCGAGGCAGAUAACUGUACUGAGACUAUAGCAUUUCCUGCUGUGACUGAGAGCAUGUUUCUACUCUCUCUGGUCCCCCAGAGGAGCUGAGAGAGGGUUCCCACCGUACUAGAAAGUGGAAAUGUCAGUGUGUGCUCAUGCUCUCAUGCACAGCAACAUACUUUAUAUCGUAACAAGCAUGCAAGAAGUACAAUCAAGCUUAAAGGCCUUUUGUGCAUUAAAUAAAAAGCAGGAAAAAAAUAUUAAAGAAUAUUGCAUUUAUAUGUUUCAAAGCUCAUCGUACAGGUGCUUGUUUGAGUCUGGUAUUUAACAUUCAAUAAAGCCAGUGCAUUUGCUAAAUGGA